ACUAGCAAGUGCCGUGUCGCGCCGAGCUGCCGAGUGAGCUGUGCGUCCGCUGCCGUACCGUGCGCUGCGGGAGACGGGGCGCCGCGUUGUUGUCGAAACCAUGGAUACGGGAGGGGACGGCGGCGGCGGCGGUGGCGGUGGCGGCGACGCGCUGCAGGACAUCGACUGCAACAUCGUGCUCGUCGGCGACUCCAAGUGCGGCAAGACGGCGCUCGUCGAAAGGUUCGUCUCGGACAAAUUUGUCGAGGUGUACACGCCGACUGGCUUCGAAAAGUACGCGUCGACGUACAACGUGGCGGACUAUCGGAUCCGUUUCGCCGUCUGGGACACGUCUGGUUCUGCAGCUUACGAUACGGUGCGACCUUUGGCCUAUCAGGAUGCAAAGGUGUUCCUGUUGUGCUUCAGGGUCAGUGAUCCCGACUCCCUCGACAACGCUGUCAACAAGUGGUACCCGGAGAUCCGGCAACACUGCGACAACACUCCGGUCAUCCUGUGCGGCUGCCAGAGCGACCUGCGGAACGACAUCGAGACCAUCUCUGCGCUGGCCAAGCUGCACCACGCGCCCGUCUCCUCGGAGCAGGCUGUGUCCGUGAGUCGCACCAUCUGCGCCACAACGUACGUGGAAACGUCGGCCAAGGCGUCGGCCAAGGCGGUGCGCGACGCCUUCGAGGUGGCGGCGCUGGCGGCCCUGGGCAAGCUCAACAAGCACCACGCGCUGCUGCUGCAGCAGCGCGGCCGCGGCUACCCCUGCAAGAGCAAGCUGGACCUCAAGGCCGAGCUCAAGGGCCGCGCCAAGAGCUGCAGCAUCAUGUGAUGCCCGCCGCCCACACCCCCGACAUCAACAUCAGUGCCACCACCGCUACGCGGCGCGUAGCCGCAGUCGGCACCGCCACUGCACUAGCCGAGGUGGCUGGUGAAAGCUGCCUCGCAGAAGCCGAGUUGGCGAAGUCACUUCCGGUCUGCACGACACACAAGCCCGGCCUUGAAGACUGUCGUCAGUCAAAAUUAUGAACUCCGAAGGAAGGUGUAUAAAUGGCAACUCAAUCAGUGAUGGAAUACAGGGAAACAUAUGGCUGUUGCCCUUCGAAAAAUGCAUAUUAGUGGGAACAUUAUGAAGAGGGAGAUAUGUGAUACUAACAACAUGUAAGCGAAUACUAUCUUUCGCGGCCAAUUUCUCUGACGAAAUCUUAGCUGUUUAUCAUCCUGAAUAAUAGCUUCGUUCCGACGCUAUUUGUCCAAAAGAUGAUAACCUGGAAACUCGUUGAAUCUUGUUCCAGGAUCAGAAUUCAAGAUAAAGACAUUCAUAAACGGAGCAAGUCAAUAACGCGUUGUUCCGCCUGUGGCCCAUAUGAAAGCAGUUAUUGGGGUUAAUCCAGAUUUAUGACUUCUGAACUUUUACUUUACAAUAAUUUUAAAAUAAUUUACAGCUAAUGAAGCAGCUACAUUCAUUGCAAAAUAUCUUUAUUACCAUGAUAGUUAAUGCCUAGAAAAUUCUUCUGCAUGUCCUUAAUGUAGCAUUUAUAAAACUCCCAGUUUGAUGUGGAACAUAAGCCUGUCACUAGUACUGCCUUUAGGUCCAAAGAUUUAUACAGUUUCGCACUUCUCUGCACAAAAUGUUACCAAAUAUGUGUGUGCCAUAUCUGGACUGAGAUAAACUGUUUCUGUACUUUAUCUUUCAAAGAUAUAUGCGUAUCUGUACAAAUUCCUCAGCCAUACACAAAAUACACUCUACGAAAGAAAGAAUAAAACGACAAAUUAAUUAUCAGAAUGGGACAGAAAUCGGCAGGCGUGAUGUACAGACAAUAAAGUCAUUAAAAUUUCAGAAAAAUUGGAUGAUUUAUUCAAGGGAAAAAGCAUCAAGAACUGAGCAAGUCAAUAACCCAUUGGUCCACCUAUGAUCUUUAUGCUAUCUGUCAUUCGGCUUAGCACUGUUUCACAGAGUUCUUCGAUGUCCUCAUGACGAAUAUCGUGCCAAAUUCUGUCCAAUUGGCACGUUAGAUCGUCAGAAUUUGACACAAUAUCCUUCAAGAGGACACCCAAUAACUGUAUCAAUCAAUGCCAAGCCGAAUAAUGUUCUCAUAAGGGCAAGAGGUGGACCUAGGCGUUAUUGAUUUGCUCAUUCUACGAAGCUCUUUGUCUUGAAUGAAUCAUCCAGUUUUUCUGAAAUUGAAAUCAUUUGUUGGUACGUAUAUGUACAUUAUAUCUUCUGAUUUCCAUCCCGUUCACAUACUUCCUUUUUUGUAGAGCGUCGGUUAUUUUUUAAGAGUGUAAUUUAAUUAAGUUUACGACACCAAUAAAGAAAGUUGGUCAAGGAUUAGACAUGCUUCACCCACAUUUCUGGCAUUGAAAUCCGAAUAAAAUCAGUUUCUUCUUUCGAAAAAUCCAUUGAAGUAUAGCAGUAUAUGAUGCAUGUACGCUGGUGCUGCAACCAUUGUUGUUUAAACUGCACAAUAUUGUUUGUUCCCAAUCCGUGACUUCUUUUUGUUUCUCGCGGAAUGUACUAGAUAAAAGAACAAGAAAUUGCAGCUUUUCGUUUCGAAGCUCUUGAAGCACAGAUCUCAUAAAAAACCACCUCAGAGUGGGCAUGAACCAUUUGGUGGUCCUAAUAAGAGUGACAAGAGAAAUGUUAGGAAACAAUUGUAGCAAAUACUUUAGUAUGUACUUGUUUAAAUGGAGAUGGAAAAUGCUUUUCUUUUUCUUUUUUGGUGAUCCACUGUUUACACUAAUCAUUGACAAGUUACUAUGUUGAAACGGCAUACAGUAAUAACAAUACCUUUUGCCACAGACUUCAAGAAAUAACAAAUUCGACAAUGAUUAUUCCUUUUUUGGUGUAUUUUCGCUAAGAAAGUAAUAGUGAUGCAAAUGUUAAAUCACAUAAAAUAUGUUUCCCACUAACUAAAAUUAAUGGCACAAAUUUUUAUACUGAGAAAUUAGACCAUUCAGAUUACACCGGCAACGCACAAACUGUCAUAUGAGAACGAUUUUCGCGUUACUUUCCGUCCUUAAAUGGUGAAAAUUGCAGCAUCUUGCUUAUGACAAGAAAGUGUCCUGACUCAUGCUACUGGAAGAUAACAGUGCUCUUGGGUUUAUACGUUAUCAUUUUGCGAGUAAUUUGCCUUGUAUUUCCUCUUUUUCCCAGAGGUGUUUCCAUUACCCAAAUCAGUUCUGUUGCUUGUAAUUCCAAGUUAGAAACAACUAACUUAGUGUAUGUGUUGCAGGGUUUUCACAAUAUCAGACUUGCUUAGAAUAACUGAUAUCACAAAUCUGCUGCUUUUCAUCAAGAUAAUUUUGGCAGUUAGUUCGCUGUGAAAUACCUCUUGAAUAUAUUGUCAAUGAAGGUUACAUUAGCAGUAUGACAAAAAAAAUCCGUUUUGGUAUUGGACAAUUAGGUACAUGACGUGACACUUGAUUCAACAUCUAUAAGGGUGUGACUUUUAGGUAAUACACUUCCCAUCAGUUCUGCAAUGAUUUAUGUCAUUUGUGAAAUUGUGUAGCGAUCUGAUGCCCUCUCGUGUGAACAUCCUUCAUGUAAGACACUUGUUACUCAUAGAACCUCCACAUGUUUCUCACUAUCUGCUAAAAUGUAAUGCUAUAGUUAAUAAUAGGACGAUACCUUCAGAUCUUAAAAGCAGUGGUUAAAGAUGUGAAGACUGAGAAGUUAAAAGAAUAUCACAUAGAUUAUCAAGCAAUUUUCUUCAUACAUUGGCGUGAGUUAAAUGUUUUUGAACUAUAGUAUCUUGUGAGUGCUUUCUGAUUACAACUUAAAACCUCACACAGAGCAUCUGGCAACUGUCUGCAUAUAUUUGGGUGAGAUAAAUGGUUUUCAACCUCUGGUAAGUUGUGAGUACUUUCUGAUUAGAAUGUAUACAGUUCAACACAAGAUUAUAAAAUUGUUGGAAAAUAUGAGAAGUGUAUGUAUAGAUAAAUAAUUCUUGAUUAAAGAUAAAAAUUUAAAAAGUAAAAUUAUUUCACACUAAUAAAGCAGAGAAUCUAUGUUAUUAGUUUAAAAUUCAGUACUGAGGAAAAUAUUGUGGAUAUAAAUAAAGUUAAAGAGUGACAGUCUUAUGUAGAUAUAUUUAAUGAAGGUAUGUAACAUUAAAAUGUUUAACAUGAAUCUAUAGGCAGUGUUUAUGCCACACAGUUGAAAAGAAAGCCACUUAAAUUUUUAUAAUAUUACAAAUUGUUAUGUUUGAGAUGUAGUGAUAAUGGGACUGGUGAUUUACUGAACUGAGUUAUGUGAAUUUGAUAUACCACUGACCUGUCAGUGAGUUUAGAAUAUUACUAUUUUUGUACUUAUUGUGUACUGUAGAAGUAGCUUACAAGAAAAUGAAAUUGUGGUCUUUUGUCUUCACAGAUGCCCAAGGCCACUGUAAAUUUAGUCAGGUUUAUACUUGUGUUACAGUUAUUGAAUAAUAAUAUGAAACAUGCACUUUCAUUAUUAAAGAUUUUUAGAGCUCUGCAGCUGAGAUUGUAUACAUACCCAUAUAAUUUGUUAACGAUAACUGUACUGUGCAUUUAACUGAAACAGCAGUUUUUCAUUGUUUACCAAGCAUUUAGUGUCAUAUAGUUAACAAAUCCUUGAACAUGGAUACUACUUUAUUUCUGUCUGAUUGCUUUAAAGGAAUCUGUUUCAGGACAUCAACAUUACAGGAAAAGUGUUGUAAAUAUUGUGUACAAAUGUCGAACUAUAAUGUUAUUGAUAUGCAAAAUUACCUAUGUUGUCUUGUGCAGAUAUUUCAAAUGAAAAUAUUGAAUGUGAAGUAAUAGCUGUAAAGUAGACCUUAUGAUUUAAUUUACCAUCAAAAUACCAACAUACUAUCGAAAAAUAGAGAAAAUAUUCACACUCUCAAAGAUAACCCACGAUUUUAAUGAACUCUUUUACCUUGUUUGAUAACUGUGAAUUCACAUUAAUGAAUUCCAUUUACUAGAUAGAAGUAUCUGAUUCUAUUAGCAUACAUUUGUCUGCAUAAUGUGUAUGCUGACUAGCUACACUAUUUAAUUGAAAAUAUGAAAAAAUGUUUCACCUACAAACAUAUUUUCAUAUUUUGGAUAACUGUCAAAAUCUGAGGUGAGCUGUUUCAAGUUUUCUAGAAGCGCAAAUUAAUAGUGAGGAAACACAUACAUAUCCAAAACAGUACCUUAAAAUCACUGCAUUAUUGGUACCUGUAAACAUCGAUUGAUGGCAGUUCUGGCAUGAAAUUAAAGAAAUGGAUUGUACUGAUUUACACUACCUGUUAUAAAGUGAUAAAUAUCGCAUAUGAAUGAAAACAUAUUGGUGAAAGUAAUGCAACAAAAGCUAUCACGUGACAGACAACGUGUUUAAGAAAUAAAUUUGUUUUCAUGAUUGGUCAAACCAAAAAUUAAUUACUGCACUGGAACAUGUUCAGUGAUAUUAUGUUUUAUCUGUUGCACAAGUCAGUAUUACAUUGUUUUUAAAACUUGGCAUCAUCAGUUUCAGUAAAUCCUGUGUUUCAGAACAAGGUGCCAUUUUAAAAUUAUUUUGAAGGUAUAUGUUCAGUAAUGUAUGCGCACAAAGUUGUACUUUCACUUUGAAACAUAACUAUUCCCUGUUGUUGCUGGUUCAUCAAUGUAUCAGUAAAACUUACGUAGCAGAUAAGCUGUACUAGUAAAUUUAAUUAUCUAAGAUACUGAAUCUGCUAAAGCCCUAUCCUUUGAUAAGCUCAAGAGUUUACUUUAAUGUAAAAUGUUUCAGCAGUUCAGAAUUUACUUUGUAUUUCUAUGGCGUAAUGUUUCUAAUAAUGAGACAAACAUGAUGGCUGAGAGAAAAGGCCUAUGAAGUGUAAAUAUGUAAUAUAAUAGUAUCAACACUUUCAGACAUAAUGUAUUUUCCAUGGUGUUAUAAUAGCUUUGUACAAUGAGGAAACAACUAUGAUAUAGAUAGAUCAUUAGUGCAACACUUUCGUGUGAAUGGUAUCCAUACCAUAUACCCCAGACACUAACACAUUAGACAUACAUUUUACCUGCCUUCAAUGUGUUGUAAGUGUAAUAAAUAUAUAUACUGGAUUGAGAA